AUGGCAAUCAAACAUUUCACAUUUGCCUCACUACUUCUCUUUGUGAGCCUAUAUUGUGCUGUUGCCCAGCAUGAUCUUAGACCACGUUCAAUGACUCAACUGGCCAAUCUACCUGAAACACUUCUGGAGAAAAGGGGCGAACACGAAUCUAUCGCAUAUUUGGGCAAACGACCAAGUUCAAUAGCAAGGGCAUGGCAUUCAGUCAAGAAUACAGUAAGUUCACCAUUUCGAAAUUUGGGUCAACGAUUGAGCUCAUUCAAAAAGCGAUCAGAAGAAGAGAGUCACCCCGUAACUGAAAAAAAGCCUCACUAUCUCGGACACAAGCGAGAUCUCAGUGAAAUAGAGUAUAUCCUUGUCGAUCAUGAAUACGUGCCAGAUGAAGGGGAAUUGUUCGUUGUACGUACACCUGGACACAGUGCUGGUGACUUGAGAUUCCAGCAAAACAGAAAAGAGAAAUUACAAAAAUUAGGAAGACAUGAACAAUGGAUGGACAUGGUACCGGAUCGAGAUGGUUCAUUUGAUCCGACCCCAUAUAUUGGCUCAGGCGUGCCAAAAAUGAUACGCGAUAUGAGGGACAAAUUGCAAAAACAAGGUAUACACAAAGAUUGGAUGGACAAACCUGCUGCUAAAGCUGUGGCAAGACGUGAGGAUGAGAACGCCGAAAGUAACAUCCUUGUGAAGCGCAGAACCGGUGAUGCUGCUGCAGAAAAUGUUGCACAUUUUGAAAGAUAUGAAAAGAGGAUCUUGCAAGCAAAAGGACUUUCUCCGCUUAGCGAACACGAUAUUAAAACAUCGCGUGGUCCUUUGCUGGCCACACAAGGUGUAGAGAAUUUGCAUGGCAAAGAAGGUCAAUUGAUGCGUAGGGCCUAUACCGUAUUCGAUGCAUCCAAGUGUAACAUGCCAUUGGAAAAGACUGGGCCAUCGGGUAACAAAGUCGUUUUAACAACAGGAUGCGAGUAUCAUGGCUUAGGACUCGGGACUUCACAUCGCAAACGUGAUAUUCAACAACCAAGCCACCAAUUACAAAAACGCUUUGUCGUCUUGCCACCAUUCGAAACCGAUAAAGGUCUUCGCUUUGAUAUUUCUCGAGAAGAUGCAAAAGACGGAAUCGUCUUUCUUAAACGAUCUCCAAAUCCUGAUCCCAACGCCGCUUUGGUCACUGCUGCAGCUUCUUUUGCAAAUAGUUUUUCACAAACGCGAAAUUAUCGUAAACAGACUGUCGUUCUCAAUAGCGAUUCUGAUGGCAAUAUCACCGGUGCUCGUACGAUCAAUACAGGAGGUCCAAGGAAAUUGAUCAAUAUCAACCUUGUCAGCCAUCGCCAACCGCGAGUGCAACAUUAUCAACAUCAACAUCAACAUGAGACGUACUGA